AAUCCUGCGGGACGGCUCGACGGACACCUGUAACCACGCAGACUCCCUGCAGCACGGGACGGCGCGAAGGAACUCACCCGAUAGGGGACCGUAUCGGUCGCAGAUCAUUCAGGAUACCGCGCGUUGACGUCUGCUCCGCUGCCUCCAUUGAUCAUCCUCCGAUCAAUCGUCGAGUGACAGUGGACGUGCCGGUUGUUGUUUUGUUACACUCGGCCUCCUUCGCUUCCCGCUCAGCUUCGCCAAGUGUGCACACGGUACGUUAUUCGCCGGUGGGAAAGCUCGCUUCGAAAAGGAAAAAGAUAAAAGAGAAAGAAAAAGAAAAGAAAAACGGAGAAAAAGGCUGGACGAUAAUUGCACCGCACGCGGUGAUCAGCCGUGAUAAAUCAGGGCCUCGCGUGUGUGAUUUCUAAGCGACUGCUUUAUCGUCCCAUCGACAACUGCAAUUAAGUACAGUGUUUCCCGACUUGGAAUUUAUAUCUUCCUUCGGACGCGCUGCCCUUUUCCCCCCGGUAUCUCUGGCUGUAUCUUCGAACCAGUUCUCAUUGUUCUUUCUCCUUAACAUUUUUUUCAAUUUAGAGUAGCGUUUAACAGAGUUACAUCGAGAGCGGAAUAAUUGGAAGCGAAGUUCGGUUCGGUCGUUACACCGAUUACAUUGCAGUAUCUUGGAGUAUUUUUUCAUUGGCUUCGUCGAAGAUGGAUACGCCGAAGGUACCGCGGUUCUACGUUACGAUAUCCACCGAUCAUCGAGAGAAACACAGUGGUCCCUGAAAGAGCGCGCGUGCCAGGACGGUCGUCGAACAUUGGACAAUUGAUAGAGCAGUUCUAAUGCGCGAAGCAGCGGAACGAAUGCCGGUCUUUUAGAAUGUAAAGUGCAUGAAGAUGACGGCAACGAAGAGAAGCGGUGCUGAAGCUUGGCUGCUCUUGUUCCUGUUGCUGAUUCACGAUGGCAGGUGCAUCAAGUGGUUAGCUCUCGGUCGUACCGGAGAUGACUACACGUGGACGAGGGAGGCCUGCACCAGCGCGAAAAGCUCCGGCCUUUUGGAGAGGAAGCAGGCAAGGGCGUGCAGAGCGACGCCGGACGUUAUGGCCAGCCUGGUGCAAGCGGCCAGGGAUACAUCGACGGUAUGCCAGCAAGCAUUUCGACAUCGUAGGUGGAAUUGCAGCAGCAUCGAGCGUGCGCCGGAUUAUACGCCUGAAUUACUUACCGGAACCAGAGAACAAGCAUUCGUGUACGCUAUGUCGGCUGCAGCUGCAGUUUGGAGGCUAGCGAGAGGAUGCGCCCUGGGCAGUCUAGCGGCUUGUUCCUGCGCCACUCCACCACGAAGAGAGCCACCGUCACCGUCCGCCUUGAUUUCACCUUCGUCCUUCACCGCCACGUCGCUCUCGUUCGGCACGCUUUCUGCCAAGAACUCGUUCAAAUGGGGUGGCUGCGGCGACGACGUCAGAUCCGCGUCCAGGAUGGCCAAGAGAUUUCUCCAAGGCGCCACUCCUCCUGGCACAGGUGCAACCGCGAAGUUUAUGCACGCUGUUAACAUGCACAACAACCGGGCGGGUCGAAGGGCAGUGGAACAAUCCUUGACCCUGGAAUGUAAAUGUCACGGAGUUUCCGGGUCGUGCAGCGUGCGUACCUGUUGGAGAGGUCUUGGUUCUUCGGGGCCAGCAGCCGCAGGAAGUCGAUUGCUUCGGAGAUACGCAACUGCGGCGGAAGUUCGGCCGAGGUCAGGAGGCAGGCUACCGCCUCUAUAUCAUCACGAUAAUCUGUUGUACACCACGAAAAGCCCGGACUAUUGUCUUCCUGACAAGAAGAGGGGGAGUCUUGGAACUGUCGGCAGGCAAUGCAAUGGCAGCAGUACCGGAUACGAAGGUUGCGAGUACCUUUGUUGCGGCCGAGGACACAUGACGAAAACGGAAGAAGUUUUAGAGCGAUGCGAUUGCAAGUACAUCAGCUGCUGUUACGUCAAGUGCAAAACGUGCAGAAAAGUUAUGAAAACGUACGAGUGCAAAUGAAUGCACGGAUUCGUAGAAAUCUCGAAUUGAAGCCUGACCAAGCUCAAGUGGCAAGAAUUCAUGUAAACUGUUCACGGGCAACUCUGUAAACGACAAACUUGUCCAUUGCGUUUAAAAACAUGGAACUUACGCGGUGUGAUUAAUCGUCGUGAUAAUUCGGAACGAUCGGAGGAUAUCGCGAUUGGAAGCGCAUAUUUGUAGUUAUUUUUAGAGGUCGUUGUGUAAUAAUAUCGAAAAAUGUGGAAAAUGUACGAUUCAGGCUGGUGAUGGUCGAUUACUCGAACGAAUCGUCAAUGACGAAAACGUUGGAUUAGAAAGUACUUAAUGUUAAAAGGAAACUCGAUGAAACUCUUAUUUAUCUCGUCUACUAUUUAUUGAAAUUUAUGUGUUUGAUACGCUGCGAGUAUAGUACACCAGUGUUGUCAGUCAACAUUUUCCAAAAUAUUGAGAUACGAGGAAAGAUUAGACAUUAAUAACAUCGAUGAAAAACUGAUAUUGGUACACAGGCACAAAACCAGACAACACCGUUAGCAGCAUGUUAGACAUAGGCGUGGUUAGUCGCAAUGUAAAUAAUUCGCUGAAUUCGACGUAGUUUGUAUUGAAAAUUAUAUUCUACAAUAAAUAUCACUUGACACGGA